CUUACAAGAGUGCUUGGUAGCUCCCGUCAGAAUUCAAAGAAGGCACCCGUGUCAGAAUGUCAGUAGUCAUUGGCGGGACCAUGGCUCCAAGGAUAUUUAAAAUCCUGAAGAUAUCUUACAACGAACAGAGAAAGGUUUGGCAGUACCAAUUAGAGUUUAGGGAGGCCAUCUAUUCUGAGGAGGGGAAGGAGUGGUUCGAUGAAUCUGAUUUGAAGAGGGUUAAGAACCGCUAGCUUCGGAAUACACUGCAGUCACAUUCAUGCACGUUUUGCCGAGUGGGUAUAACGUGGCUGACUUGAGGGGAGCCGGUGAGCCUGCGCAGACCAGUUAUAAGCUCAAGGAAUCACCAUCAGUGCUCUUAUGGCGAGCCAGAAGUCCAACCUAGUUCUGUUCAAAAUUACUUGCCAAGCUAUGUCCAACCAACUAUUGUCUGCAGAUGAGAAAGUCAGCUGCGGGCCUUCUGCAUACCCCUCAACCAAUCCAGGUCGUCCUCGAGAUUGCGUCAUCCAUAUCGACAGUGGAACGGCGACGGCGGUUGGAUCACCUACUAGAAGCAAGUCAUGGUCGUCUUCUAUGCGGACUUAUUCCCAAUUACACAUCUCAAAAAUAAAAGCAAAACGAUGGAAGUUGCCUUCAUUCAAGCGGAAAUCGAAGGAUGCGUCACUGUGUUUGAGACCCCAAACUAAGAAAGUGGAGGACUACCCUUUGGGCUAUCCACGACUCGCAGCAUUCCAAACCAGCGAUCCUUCUUUCAGCAUAUAUCGCGGAUUUGGUUACCUACACUCAAGAGUCCUCCUGGACUUACAGUAUGAGUUGUCAGAAUUAGAAGAAGAACUUGAGGAGAGGGAUUCAUAUGACGGCCAAAUCGAAGACACAGCACGUCGACUUCGAUCACGGAAGACAGACGAUCUUGAAUCAGAAAACUCCGAACCAAGGGAAGACAUUGACGAAGAUGAAUAUGAACUCAGACCUCGCAGAGUUAUAUUGAAAGACAUUCGAGAGACGCUUGUGCAAUACGAUGAGGUGCUUAACAAAGCACGAAGAAUAGGCACUCUCCAAAAGCCUAAUAAACGCGACUUCAACAGUGUCGCAAACUGGUUCCAUAACCAGAAACCUCUAGUGCAAAGAGAAUGGUACACCAUCAAGAGACAAGAGGACAUGCUCACUCUCCGACAAGGGCGCGAAUGGGCAGGUUUCGACGGUAUAGUCGAAGCCGCUCUUAGGAAGUGCGAUUGUCGCCUUCUACAGAUGAUAUUCCGACCACGUGCUCUUACUGAGAAAACAGAAGACAAGUGCGUCUUCUAUUACGCUUCUAACCGCGUUGAAACCCUCUGCGCGGUGAUCAUCACAUCCGUAAUUUUCGUGUUGCUUGUUUUACCAGUGUUCGCUAUGUAUAAGCUCACCAGCUUCGGAGACCGAUCAUCCACCUUCGACGCAAUCGGAGUGCUCGUCGUCUUCACACUCCUUUUCUCAGCCGCUAUGUCGCUACUUACGAAGGCUAAGCGCCAUGAACUCUUCGCAGCUUCCGCCGCGUACUGCGCAGUACUGGUUGUGUUCAUCUCAAACUUCGGAAGCAACGAUCAAAACCAAUUCCAGACUCAAAACUAGCAGCUAUAAAACAGACCAAGCUGUAUCGGGAGCAAUGAACACAGUCGAACAUCUCCAUUGGUACAAUACGUAACACUCGAGGCCGUUCAUCAAUCAUCAAAAAUAGUACAACAUUGGUCGCAAUACCAAAUGAGAAACGAUGUACCAAGGGAAUAGCCUUUCCGCGGAGGAAGCAUGUUUAGCACCGUCCAAUUCCUUGUUGUAAAAAGUCUCAAAGCUUAGAAAGGAAACCAAAUGGCUAUAUCGUGAACUUUUUAAGAAUUUGAAGGG